GCCCUUUGGGAUCUGAUGGAAUCACAUCCUUUCCUUUGGGGAUCUGCGGGGUUCGUAUGUUACUGCCCUCGAGGAUGGCGGGGAGGGGACAGAGGAGGAGCCCUUCCCCCCAACCCUGUCCCUGGAUCUCCCGGGAAUGCACAAUCUAGGCCUUGGGAUUGUGGGGGAACCUCCAGCUGUACACCCAGAGGUGAGGUGGGAAAGGGUAUGCUACCUUCUGGAGCCUGAGGCAUGCCACGGUCCUGCCUUUGAAAGGUGGGAAACCGUCCGGGGUUGAGGAUAACACCCUGGCCUUUGGUGUCUGGGACAAACGCAGGGCUGUUCUCUGGGGUCUAGAGAAACACAUUUACCAACGGAGUCAAGGGGGCACCAGCCUUGCUCUCUAGGGUUAUGGGGGGAGGGAAGUUGUAAAACACAGUCCUGACCUAAGGAACUUUGGUCUUUAAUUCAAUAGGUAUUUAUUGAUCACCUGCUAAGUGUCAAGCAUGUUGCAGGCAUCCCGGAUACAGGGUGCCUCCCUGCCUUGGUGCAGACCUCAGCCUAGUGCAGGAGGUGGGCAUUAAUUAAAUAAACCCAAAUUACUGCAAAAUUGGUAAGAUAGGUACUCUCUCUAGAUUAAGAGCUUGUCACAUCUCGGCCACUUUACACAAUCUGUUCUCCUGCCGCACCAGACUCCCCAGUUCCCUCAGUGUUCUCGAAAGACUUCCCAGGAGAGCCCAAGCAUAUCGGGGUAGGGCUCUGGGGCGUCUCGGAAUUAAGUCCCCCAGCUUCGGUACUGGGACUCAGGAGACAGUCGAGAAGACCAGGAAGGGGAAAGAAUUGAGUCCCCGCCUCCUCCUUCCCAAACCGGAAGCCGUAGGCGGGGCCUUUUGGUGGUCCAGUCCUCGGUUUGGUGGCAGGCAGUGGGCAGAGUUUUAGGGGAAGCGAGCCCCGGCAGUGGCGGAGUUUGUUUCAAGGUUGGAGGUCUACCCCACAGAGUUGCGCGAUGCAUAGGUUGCAGGUAGUGCUCGGGCACCUGAUGGGCAGGCCCGGUUCGGGUUGGGAGCCGGCGCCGCAGGCCGCGCCGUGCUGGAGCGGCGCUCAGCCGGUGUCGGCCGACGACGUGGUGGUAGUGCACGGGCGGCGCACCGCCAUUGGCCGAGGGGGCCGCGGCGGCUUCAAGGACACCACCCCCGACGAGCUUCUCUCUGCCGUCAUGACCGCGGUUCUCCGAGACGUCAAGCUGAGCCCUGCCCAGCUGGGGGACAUCUGCGUGGGAAAUGUGCUUCAGCCGGGGGCCGGAGCAAUCAUGGCCCGAAUUGCCCAGUUUCUGAGUGACAUCCCAGAGACUGUGCCUUUGUCCACUGUCAAUAGACAGUGUUCGUCUGGGCUCCAGGCAGUGGCCAACAUAGCUGGUGGCAUCAGAAAUGGGUCUUAUGACAUUGGCAUGGCUUGUGGGGUAGAGUCCAUGUCCCUGGCUGACAGAGGGAACCCCGGAAAUAUCACUUCACGCUUGGUGGAGAAGGAGAAGGCCAGAGAUUGCCUGAUUCCCAUGGGGAUAACUUCAGAGAAUGUAGCCGAGCGGUUUGGCAUUUCACGGGAGAAGCAGGAUACCUUUGCCCUGGCUUCCCAGCAAAAGGCCGCCAGAGCCCAGAGCAAGGGCUGUUUCCAAGCUGAGAUCGUGCCUGUGACCACCACGGUCCAUGAUGACAAGGGGACCGAGAGGAGCAUCACCGUGGCCCAGGAUGAGGGUAUCCGCCCCAACACCACCAUGGAGGGCCUGGCCAAACUGAAGCCUGCCUUCAAGAAGGGCGGCUCUACCACGGCUGGAAACUCUAGUCAGGUGAGUGAUGGGGCAGCUGCCCUCCUGCUGGCCCGGAGAUCCAAGGCAGAAGAGUUGGGCCUUCCCAUCCUUGGGGUCCUGAGGUCCUAUGCAGUGGUUGGGGUCCCACCUGACAUCAUGGGCAUUGGACCUGCCUGUGCCAUUCCUGUAGCUUUGCAAAAAGCAGGGCUGACGGUGAAUGACGUGGACAUCUUUGAGAUCAAUGAGGCCUUUGCAAGCCAGGCUGUCUACUGUGUGGAGAAGCUAGGACUCCCCCCCGAGAAGGUGAACCCUCUGGGGGGUGCGGUGGCCUUGGGUCACCCACUGGGCUGCACUGGAGCUCGACAGGUCAUCACGCUCCUCAACGAACUAAAGCGUCGCGGGAAGAGGGCAUACGGGGUGGUGUCCAUGUGCAUCGGGACCGGGAUGGGAGCCGCUGCUGUCUUUGAAUACCCUGGAAACUGAGUGAGGCCCCAGGCCAGAGGCACCGUUUAGUUCUGCUCUGGGGGUGGCCGCAGCACUGGGCAGAGCAAGACACGGGGACUAACGUGAGCGCUGGUGACGCAGCGUAGGUGUGGCCGAGGUAGAGGGCUGCUCUCUGCCAGGUUACCCAGGCCACUGUGUAAGUCCUGGGGGGUGAGCUAUGCAUCAGACAGUAAAUAUGUGUUCUCAUCUUA